CCAGCCUUACCACCAGGGCCUGCUUGUCUCCCCAGGGUGCUGGCAGAGGUGGAGCAGGCGGGACUGAGGCUGCAGGUCGGAGACCGACCCGACGCUCUGCUGCAGCUGUCUCCUUGGUGAGGCGAGCAGCCUUCCCGGCCAUGGGCGGCGCCGUGGUGGACGAGGGCCCCUCGGGCGUCAAGGCCCCGGACGGGGGCUGGGGCUGGGCCGUGCUCUUCGGCUGCUUUGUCAUCACGGGCUUCUCGUACGCCUUCCCCAAGGCGGUCAGCGUCUUCUUCAAGGAGCUCAUGCACGAGUUUGGCAUCGGCUACAGCGACACGGCCUGGAUCUCGUCCAUCCUGCUGGCCAUGCUCUACGGCACAGGCCCGCUCUGCAGCGUGUGCGUGAACCGCUUCGGGUGCCGGCCCGUCAUGCUGGUGGGGGGCCUCUUCGCCGCCCUGGGCAUGGUGGCCGCCUCCUUCUGCAGAAGCAUCCUGCAGGUCUACCUCACCACGGGCGUCGUCACCGGCUUGGGCCUGGCCCUCAACUUCCAGCCCUCCCUCAUCAUGCUCAACCGCUACUUCAGCGAGCGGCGGCCCCUGGCCAACGGGCUGGCGGCGGCGGGCAGCCCCGUGUUCCUGUGCGCCCUGUCGCCCCUGGGGCAGGUGCUGCAGGACCGCUACGGCUGGCGGGGCGGCUUCCUCAUCCUGGGGGGCCUGCUGCUCAACUGCUGCGCGUGCGCGGCGCUCAUGAGGCCGCUGGUGGCCGCGGCCCCGCCGGGCGGGGGCCCCCCGCGCCAGGCGCGGCGGCUGCUGGACCUGAGGGUCUUCCGGGACCGCGGCUUCGUCGUCUACGCGCUGGCGGCCUCCAUCAUGGUGCUGGGGCUCUUCGUGCCGCCCGUGUUUGUGGUGAGCUACGCCAAGGACCUGGGCGUGCCGGACACCAAGGCCGCCUUCCUGCUCACCAUCCUGGGCUUCAUCGACAUCUUCGCCCGGCCCACGGCUGGCUUCAUCACGGGCCUCCAGAAGGUGCGGCCCUACUCCGUGUACCUCUUCAGCUUCGCCAUGUUCUUCAACGGCUUCACCGACCUGACGGGCUCCACGGCCGGCGACUACGGGGGCCUGGUGGUCUUCUGCAUCUUCUUCGGCAUCUCCUACGGCAUGGUGGGCGCCCUGCAGUUUGAGGUGCUCAUGGCCAUCGUGGGCACCGAGAAGUUCUCCAGCGCCAUCGGGCUCGUGCUGCUGCUGGAAGCCAUGGCGGUGCUCAUCGGGCCCCCGUCUGGCGGGAAGCUGCUGGACGCGACGCGCGUCUACAAGUACGUGUUCAUCCUGGCGGGCGCCGAGGUGCUCGCCUCCUCCCUGGUGCUGCUGCUGGGCAACUUGUGCAUGGGGAAGCGGCGUGAGGCCGCGCAGCCCGCCGCCGCCGCCGCCGAGAAGCCCCACAAGCCCCCCGUGGACGGGAGGGUGGACUCGCAGGAGGUGGAGCACUUCCUGAAGGCAGAGCCCGAGAAAAACGGGGAGGCGGUCCACACCCCAGAAACCAGCGUGUGAGGGGCCGGGCCGGGCCGGCGGGGCGCAGGGACGAGGUACAGAGACUGGCAACGCUCAUAUUUAUUUCACCAACAGGACCAGCUGAGGCGGGGCCAUCGGCUUGGCUCUGGCUGCCUGGUCAGCGGGUCAGAGUUUGGCGGGGGGAGGUGGCAGGGUGGGCACCGUGUCAUUCCAAAGUGGAUCUGCGGUGAAGCCAAGCCCCACGGUUACUAGCUGCCCGCGCCGGGGUUUCCCAGCCCGCCAGCCUCGUGCAGCCUGUGCCCCCGCCCCCACCCCUGCGGCCAAGGACCUAGAAACCCACGCUUUGGAGACAACACGACUUUAAUCAGAGGGUGUGUCCGGGACAGGCUGGAGGGGGCACUGCCCAGGGCCUGACUCCACCACGCCCACCCUCCUGCUCCUGCCCCCGCCGGGGGGAGGAGCCUCAGGAGUGCAUCCCGGGAGCUGCCUGCCUGCUGCGCUGGUCCCACUCCAUUAACAAACAACCUGGUUACUA